UACAAAAUCUUCCUUUCGUCUGUAGGUGUACGUUUAUUUUGAAACCAAAUCUGACGUUCCUAAUUCUAACUAUUGACAGACAUUGUAAAAUCGCAACUCACUGUUCACGAAGUUAUUUCAGAGCAAAUUUGACAAAGACAUGCUUUACUGUAGCUGACUAAUGCAAUUUAAACAUGACACGGCAAGUUAGCGUCGCUCGUUGCCUUAAACGUGCGGGAACCAACCAUGUGAAAUGUCUGUUUAACAUUUGAAGGGUCCAAUAUGCAGAAGGAACAACCUUGCUUGCGCGAGAGCGGUCCUUGUGCUACAUCCAGCAAGAAUGCUAAAAAUAAGACCAACAAUAUGAUUCUCCUGGCAAUACGUGGUACUAAAGACACAGAUGACUCCAGUGGUAUGGGCUCCCGCUGCAGUUCAGAAAAAGACUCUGGUUACUCUGAUGGCUCAGACUGGCACCAGACAAAUGCGGAGGAUCAGCAAAGUUCCAAAAGUCAGUCCAGGGGCAGCGAGCAUGCGGAAACUUCACAGCCGGGUCAAAACAAAGACAUUGGGCAAGGGAAUCCUGGGAAUCCCACCCUGAUGCCUGCAGGCCGCAAGUUUGCGCCCAUCUACAUCACCAACAGUAUGGUGCUUAAGCAGCCGAAUAUAAUCCAGAAAAGAGGUCAGCUGCUCUGGAGAAAUGAAAACAGGGAAACCAGCAGUUCUGGUGCUGCCCAUAUGAUUCUUUUCCAGCAGCCUAGUUUGUUGCCGGUCACCCUCCAGCAUGAAAAGCCCUUGUCCCAGAUGUCCAAUGUCACAGGGAAGAAAAUAAAUGGCACAUACUUGCCCAUUCUCAACUCCUACCCACGUAUUGCACCACACCCCAGCAAGAAGCCACUUGAUACAUUUUCAUGGAAUGAUAAAUCCCAGAACCUGAGCAAGAGGGUGUGCACAGAACACAAGGGUGAUGACACACCUGUGACCAGGAGUCUACCUGAGCAGCACCUUUAUAAGCAACCCAAAUUAGCAGUCUUAACGUCUGAGCUGCCAUGUUCCUCUUCAACCAGAGAUAGUCAAUUGUCCUCUUGUCCUACUCCUGUCCCCUCGAGCAGAAGCUCCCCAUCUGGGUCUGGUCUGUACACUACAUCCUCCAUCUUCACAGCCAGGGAUCUUCCAAGAAACAGCACCACCAGUACUCGUCAUCGCCGUUUCUUCAACACAGUAGAAAUCCUCAGACAAUCAGGCCUGAUGGACAUUACACUGCGCACGCAGGAACUGCUGUGCCAGAGUAACGUCAUGGAGCGGAACAUUGCCCAGCUCCGCCAGCACACAGAGCUACUGUACCAGGCUGCCAGCAACCCCAUCGGCAGCCUGAGUGGCAUCACAGCCUGGCAACAUCUGCACCGAGCCAUGGCCGAGUCUGGCAGCUACCCCAGCCUUAAAAUCCUGCAAAAUGUACAACUCCUGUGCCAUCCAGAUUCUGCCAGUCAACCAGUGCCGCCGUCUCGCCUUCUCACUACUCUACCUGACCCAAACACAGAACAAGUCAGGGAACUCAAGGGCGAAUAUAAAUCUUCAGAGAACGUCACCUUUAUGCCUCCUGACAGUUCUACCGGUUAGCUUAAUCUGCACUGCCUUUACAGGGAGAGCAAGUGCUCAGGGAUAUUUUUGGAUUUUGUGUGGCUUUAAUAUUUUAUCCCUGGUUAUUUAAACCUAGUUUUAUAGGAACUUUGCUAAAUAUCUUUGCCGGCCAAUGGGAAUCAUACAAUGACUCAAGGUUAAAACUUGCAGUAUAGUUGCAGUAAAAGUUUUGUUUCUAGUUGCCUAACAUGCUUCACCAGAAUUAAGUGUUCUGAUAGCUGAUACAAUAAUUCACUCAAGUGCUAUUCAAUCCCGAGGUACCGUCUGAUAUUACCACUGCAGACUUUCUAGAACCACACAGAUGAGCAGAGGGUCCCUGCUUGUGAGUCACAUAAAGGAUUAUGUCAAAAUAAAAUGUGUUUACCUGGGAGGCAGAGGAAAUUUGCUUACACACAGGUGGCCAUACAGUAUUCAGUAUGUACUUCAUUGAUGGUUGUCUGCUGUCUCGCCAGACCAACUUCAUUCAGGAAAAAGGUGAAUAAAUCAAUUUCCUGGUAGAUAAAUAUUGAGAAAAUGGUUUCUUAUAACAUGCUGUACUAUAGAGAGAGAGACAGAAAAUCUCUGUAACAUCACAAACUGCACUAAACUGGACUGCUGCAAGGACUUCCAAAUGCUCUUCAACAAAGCCUAAAAAACUCUUUUUCACUUGUUACUUUUUGCAUUACCAGGGCACACCGUUGUCACAGGUUAUCAUAUAUUAAUUUUACAAAUACAGCACACAUAAUAAUGGAGGAAUUCAGACAGACUAUGAAUUCAUCACAGCAUCUCCAAGAUAAUCAUUAAAACCGUUUCCUCUCAUGCAGUAGCUUUGUUGUCCGUUUUUACUUUGAUAAUAUUGUGGGUUUUUUUGCAUCAAGCAUCUAGCUCUUGGUGUUUAUGUGGUUAUAUGUUUUAGUCAGAGAUGGAGAAAAGUUUAAUUUUGAGUUUGAGACAGUUGAAGUAUGAAUGUAUGAUGCCUAAGUGGUCAUAAGCAUGUGGUAUGUGUAUGAUUUGUCAUAUAUUUAAUUGUGCUUGUGCAUAUGACAGACAUCACUGCCAGCAAUUUGCAGAUUUCUGAAAUUUAUAGUCUUUUUUUACAGUGUAUGUUAUAUAAUUUUAAGGUAUUUAAAUAAAGCAAUAUAUGAGGAAUA